AUGGCCGGAAGCAAGGACGACGCCGCCAAGCAAAGUCAGUCCGCCGGCCCCGGAAAACUCCCGCUGGAACUGCUAGCCAACAUCCAUGACCGGCUGGAGUUCCUCGACCGCAUCGCCUUCGCCACCGUCUUCGCCGCAUCCGGCGACGACGUACUCAGCUUUCCCACGCCAUGGCUCCACCUCCCCUGCGACGACAAGGACAAGCACCCAGCGACCGCGACUCUCUUCUCCCUCGCUGACCGGCGUGCCGCCACCGUGCGCGCUCCGGACCCCGCGUUGCGCGACUACGUUGUCCUCGGCUCCUCCCACGGGUGGCUCGCGACGGGCGACAACCAGGGCCAGAUCCACCUCGUCAACCCCGCCACUGGUGAGCAGCACGCGCUCCCACACAUCGCCACCAUGGGCGUCUUCGUGCCCGGGAACGACAGCCGCGGCUAUUUCAGCGUGUCGUUCAGGCGGUUCCUGACCGCCCGGUUCGGGGGCGGGCCACCGUUCGAAGACAGCCGCUGGGGGGCUGAGGGGCAUGGCGGGGUCACCUACUUGGGUGGCGAAGACUUGCGCACGCGGUUCUAUCGGAAAGUCGUCCUCUCCGUCGGGCGCCGCCCCGGAAGGCAUGCCGCGAUGCUCAUCCUAAGCGAAAGUUACGGUGCCCCGGCCUUCGCCGCGGUGGAGGACGGCGGCGCGUGGAGGUUGGGACGGUCCCAGGACGACGUCGAGGAUGCAAUCCACCACGACGGCCGGUUCCACUCCGUCUCGUACUCGGGCAUUGUGGAGGCGUGGGAGCGCGAUGUGGAGUCCGGUGCGUACACGAGCACGGCCGUCGCGCCACGUCUGACAACUGGAGGAGAAGGCAUGUCAUCGCGCAAGUACCUUGUGGCGGCGCCGGAUGGGAGGCUGAUGGUGGUGGUCAAGAACUGGACCAAGGAGAGAGGGUACCUCUGGAAUAAGACGUGGACAUGCUCGUUUCAUGUGUAUGUCCUCGGUGACGACGGGCAGUGGAAGGAGACGAGGGACAUCGGCGACGCUGCACUGUUCAUCGGGUUGAACAACUCGCUGUGCGUGCCUAGGAUGAGACGACCGGAGAUUGAGGCCGGCUGCGUCUACUACACGGAUGACCAGCUCUGGGAGGCGGCGCUGCGCAAGCGCAACAAGGACAUCAAGUACAGGGAUGAUGAUGAUGACGACGACGACUAUGUUGACAUUCGGCCUGCUGGGGUGUAUAGCCUCAAGGAUGGCACGGUGAAGAAGAUUGAUGCGCUCGGGCCGCAGCUCUACCAUGGCUUCACCCCGACGCCGCCAGUGUGGAUCACGCCUUCCAUCCCAUGA